AAAACCCCUGCCUAGCUAUAUAUCCCUUCUCUCUUCUCCUUCCACUACAAUUCUUUCUUCUCCUCCAAACAAGCCUAGACUUGCUUUCUCUCUCUACAUAGACAGACACGCAAGUUACUGUGUGUGUGUGUGGAUAUGGCUGUGAAUUCAUAUGGGCCAAUAUACAUGUUCAGAACAGAGACGUCAGGGUACACAGAUAUUGAGAAAAGGCAGUUGUUCUUGAGAAGCUACCAAUUCAGCAGGAAGAAAAGUCUGAGUGAGAGGAUUAGAAGGUCUUUUACUAGGGUGAAAAGGGUUAUAUGUGUAAAGCUCAGAUCAGCAAGAAAGCUCAGAAAACUGGUUUGGCUGAAGCUAAAAUAUGGCAUCUUUAGCAGUAGAAGAAGAAGGUUUUUCCUUCGCCUUCACAACACAAGCAAUCAUAGUAGUGGCCUUCCUUGUCCAUCUUCUUGUUUAUGGUAGGACUUAAAUUUUCUUAUUUAUUAUUUUAGAAUAUUCUUUUGGUUUAUUUGGAAUAUUGUAGUAGUAGUAGUAGUAGUAGAAACUAGUAAGAAAGAGAAUGGGUUGUGCUACCAGAGACUUCUCUGUUUUCUUCAGCUUCUUGUUAUGUAUACACUAUAUUGUCUCAUCAAGUUUUGUGAAAAUAUGAUUGUAAUUUAUCAUACUUUUGUUAACUGUA